AUGAAGCUUGCCACAUGCUUGGUUACUCUUACAACAGCCUGGGGCACGGCUGCCCAGCACCCUCAUCUAGAGGAGGGCAAGUGGAAAGCUCCGGGAUCAGAUGAUUGUGCUUCGCGGGUUAGAAAUCACCUUUUCACCGACACCACCCGACAGUCUCCUAUCUGGAAGCUAAUAUUGUGCAGACCCUGUCCUAUGAUGAACACCCUGGCCAACCAUGGAUAUAUUCCCCGCGAUGGAAGGAACAUUACGAGACCCAAUAUUAUUGCGGGCUUAGCAACAGGGCUUAACUUCAACGAGUCUCUCGCAAGUCUAAUGUUCGACAUGGCUAUCGUUGCUAACCCCGAGCCGAACGCAACAUACUUUACGCUUGACCAUCUGAACCAACACAACGUCCUUGAGCACGAUGCGAGCCUCAGGUUAGUCAUCACGGCAAGUAUUUCCUUGUGGGUACGUGACUUGCUGAUGUUUGCUAGCCGCACUGAUUCUUAUUUCGGGAGCAACCAUAUUUUCAAUUGGACCAUCUAUGAAAAGUCAAAGGCUUACUGGACAGACCCUAUCAUCACGGCUCAGAUGCUGGCCAACAGCAAACUCGCCCGCCAAGUUGAAUCCAGAGCGUUUAACCCGACGUAUAGAUUCACCGCCGAUACGGAAAACUUUAGUCUAGGAGAGAUUGCUGCACCCAUUAUCGCAUUUGGGGACAUGGCCCUUGGCGAAGUCAAUCGUGCCCUGGUAGAUUACUUUUUCGUCAAUGAGCGACUGCCCGCCGAAUUAGGAUGGCACAAGAAGGAAGUGGCCAUUGGCGUUGAGGAUAUCCUCAAAGUAUCUGACAUGAUUAAGGCCGCGACUAGUCUUAUCACUGGCCCUGAUCAAUCUAAAUCUGCGAACAAACGGGAUUUACACGCUGGUAUAUACGUCUAA